CACCUACAAGGCUGUUCCGUGAAGACUCUAAAAGUUGGAAAUGAAGAUUGUGAAGAAGUUGAAAAGUGUUGCCAUCUUGGUGCUCAUUUCCUCGCUCAUUGGUUUGGUGGGCAAAGCUUUAUAUAAAUCUCGGGUUGAGAGACUUCGCUUUGCCACUAUACUUGAAGAGUACGCAAAGAAAACUACAGCUCGGGUUGAGAGACUUCGCUUUGCCGCUAUACUUGAAGAGUACGCAAAGAAAACUACAGAUUUACAACGUGCGGGACAAUGGAGGAACAAUCAAGUGAAAACAUGUGAAAAGGAAUCAUUCCCAGGGAAGGCAUGUGUUCGAAAUGACUGCCCGGUACUACAGUCCACAACACUCGAAGAAAACCUGAGAAGUGUCCUGUCCACCAUGUCGGAACGGAAUCUACGGGAUCUGGACCUAAUAAUGGGACUGUUCCCAGAGCCCCCUACCGGCAAAAGAACAAUGUUUGUCACAGCAACAUCCAGCAACCACUUCUACGAGUCCCAGGCCCUGAUCCGGAACCUCCACAGGAAUGUCUUCCCUCUGAUUAAUAACUACACAUUUGUGCUCUAUGACCUGGGACUGACGGCAUCUGAACGAAAGCAGAUGGAGAAACAUUGUCGUUGUGAAGUUCGGAGAUUUCCGUUGGAGUUCAUGCCUUCAAGCUUGCGGGAUCUUAAAUGCUACACAUGGAAACCAAUUAUUAUACAGGCUAACCUACAUAAGGUGGACAUACUGGUGUGGAUGGACGCGUCUGUGAGGAUCUCCAACAAUACCAUCAAACCCCUGCUAGAUGAUGUAGAAAGUCGGGGCAUGGUCAUACGCUCAGGUACCAACUCGGUGGGGCAGCAUACUCUACAGGUUACAAUGGACUACAUGAAGGAAGACGUCUGCACCCUAGCUCCAGUGUUUGAGCAUGAAGCAACAUUCAUCAUGUUUCACAACAAGCAGUGGGUACGAGGGGCCGUUGUGAAGCCAUGGGCAGUUUGUGCCAUGAGUGCUAAGUGCAUGUGUCCUCGGGAACCUAAACAAGUCAUAUACUGUAACGUGUACAUCCGCAAAUACCACAAGUGUCAUCGUUUUGACCAAUCAGGAAUAAACAUCAUCCUCGCCAAACUUUUUCGGGAUCACACAAGUAGUCUUAUUUCGACAUACAACGGUCGUGUCGCUUUGAAGCGUGGAGAUACUUACAAAUAUUUUGAUGAACUUGAGAAACAAUAAUCCGUUAUCGAACGUCUCUAAAGUCUAACUGAUCAGUUCAUUGUAUUAGUACAUCGGAGCAUCAUAUAAUGCAGGGGCGAUGGGGUAGCCUAGUGGUUAAAGCGUUCGCUCGUCACGCCGAAGACCCUGGUUCGAGUCCAGACAUGUGUACAAUGUCUGAAGCCCUUUCUGGUGUCCCCCGCCGUGAUAUUGCUGGGAUAUUGCUUAAAGCCGCAAAAAGCUAAACUCAU